ACUGGCCCGAGGUCACGCUGCCGCCAGGGAGCAGGUCACCCUGGCUGUGCCCCUCCCCUCCGUGCCCGCCAUGCUGUCCUCGAGCUCCUCUUCCCGCCCGGCCGGGGACAGCCAGGGCGGAGGGUCCGCGAGGGGACCGGAGGGGGCAGGAGAGGUUGCCCGCCGCCACGUGACCUUCCAGGCCCAGCCGGAAGACCCCGAGCCCCCUCCUCAGGUGAAGCACCCGGCCCAGCGGAGACACAGCCAGGUGACCGUCAGAUAUGACCGGGGGCAGCUGCAGCGUUGGCUGGAGGUGGAGGAGUGGGUGGACGCCAGGCUGCGGGAGUUGUACCAGGAGAUGCCUGAUGAUUCGGAGCCAGAGAUUGACCUGGAAGCGCUGAUGGAGCUGCCUAUAGAGGAGCAGAAGGUUCAGCUGCAGGAACUUCUCAGCCAAUGUUCGCAGCCCACAGAGGAGUUCAUCUCGGGGCUGCUCAGUCACCUCAAGAAACUCCGGCCACUCAGUCAACCUCUGAAGUACAGCAAUCCUUGACCCACCCCAAAGCUGCUGGGGCCCUUGGGCCAAGUCAGUGACGCUCGGGACCAACCCUGCCCACCGCUCCAAACAGGACUCCUGGACACUGACAUCCAGGAUGCACGUGGUGGUGGUGGGGUGGCUUGUAGGGUCUUUGGAAGACUGCAUGUUACCCCCUGGGGGCCGCUGGGGAAAGUGAGAGAGUGUGCGUGUACAUGUGUGUGUACGUGUCUGGGGGUGGGGUGGGGGUGUUCCUGGGCAGCGUGAGCCCCAUGGGGCCCGAAUGGCCACCCGUGUUAACGAUAAAACCUGAAAGGGUGCCA